GAAAUGGAAUUAAUAGCUGUUGUCUCAUAAUAAGACUUUACACAGUACCAAACAAGGAAUUCAAAUGGCGGACAAGUUGAGAUGUAUUCAGGGGUCAGAAAAACCAUCCAACAAGUAGUCUUGGUAGAGAAAACUUGUCUGGACCCAAAAUUAUCUAAAAAAGUUUCUCCCAAGCCUAGCGAAAACAAGGUCUUUACUGAUAGAUUUCACAUUAACAUACUGUUAGUGCUUUAAUCAAAAUUGAGAUUGGUUAAACUAUUGCUCAUAUAAACUACUUAGCUAUAUAAUAAUAAAAAGCAGAGAGCUAAGAUUACUUUCUAAAUAAAAAUCUUGAUACUAAGAGGAUGGCGCCUUGGAGCUUGAGAUUCUACCGUUCACUGUUUCUCUCCAACUUUUUCUUUUGUGUAAAUUUGCUGAGCCAAAAUUCUAUAUCUAUCAACACCAUCGCUAUCUCCACCUUGGGGAAUGAUAGUGAUAAAGUUUCAUUACUCACUUUGAAAUCUGAUUUGGUUGCUGGUGGCAGUACCAUAACCGGUGCACUGAGCUCAUGGAAUGAUUCUGUUCACUUCUGCCAAUGGCAAGGGGUAACAUGUGGUCACCGACAUGAAAGGGUUACAGUCUUGAAGCUGGGUGAUCAAGGGUUAUCCUGUACCAUACCUUCUUCUAUCAGAAAUCUUACGUUUCUAAGGCGGUUAAAUCUUUCCAACAAUGAUUUGCAUGGUAUCAUCCCCAAAGAGAUUGGUUGGUUGUCACGACUGGAGCAUCUUGAUCUGAGCAGAAAUUCUCUGGAAGGUGCAAUUCCAGUUGAACUUGCAAACUGCACAACUCUAAAAAAUAUUACACUUCACCACAACAAUCUUAGAGGGGGUAUUCCUUUUCAGCUUGGUACCAUGUUGGGAAUGUAUGAGAUGUGGCUUGGUUAUAAUGGCCUAACAGGCAGCAUUCCUUCUUCUCUUGGCAAUCUUUCGUCUCUUAGGUUACUUUCAUUAAGGAGAAACACUCUGGAAGGAAGCAUUCCACGGGAUAUUGGUCGCCUGAAGAGCUUGGAGUAUAUUGAACUAACUGAAAAUAACCUGUCUGGUAUUCUUCCUUCCUCUUUUUGUAAUCUCUCAUCACUCAUUCAAAUCAGAUUAAUUGACAACCAAUUUUCUGGAGAUCUGCCCAAUAUUGGCCUAUGCUUUCCUCGUCUUUACAAGAUUGGCUUAGGAGUCAAUCAAUUCACUGGAACCAUUCCAUCAUCCAUAACAAACAUUUCAGGAAUUGAAGUUUUUGAUGUCGGUGAAAAUAGGCUGAACGGGCGAGUACCAGAAAACAUGGGGUUCCUCCAGGGUAUGAAAUGGUUGAGCUUAGGCUCUAAUAAUUUAGGAAGUGGAAAAGAAGGUGAUUUGAGAUUUCUAGUUUCUUUGACAAAUCUUAGCAGUCUUAGAGUGUUAGCUAUUUCCAACAAUCAUUUUGGAGGCGCCUUGCCAACAUCAAUAGCCAACCUCUCAACCCAAUUGAUAACUUUUGCGUUGGAAAGAAAUGAAAUAUAUGGAAGCAUCCAUGCAGGAAUUGAAAACCUGCUCAACUUAAGUGCAUUUACCCUAGGAAGGAAUUACCUAACUGGGAAGGUACCAUCUUCCAUUGGAAAGCUUCAGAAACUGGGCAUACUAGGUCUCGAAGAAAACAUGCUAUCAGGUUCAAUCCCUCCUUCCCUCGGUAACCUCACUCAAUUGAUUGAGAUCUCACUAGCUGUUAACUAUUUGAAUGGUAGUCUUCCAUUAUCUCUUACAAAUUGCACUAAUGUGCAAACUUUGUCCCUUCCCCAGAAUAAGUUUAGUAGUAACAUACCUAGUCAGUUCUUCGAUUCUUUUGAUGAAUUGAUAUUUCUUCAAUUGCAUCAAAAUUCCUUUACGGGCUUCCUUCCUGCUGGCGUCGGUAACUUGAAAAAUCUUCAGGAAUUUUCACUGCAUGAUAACAAUUUGUCAGGAGAGAUCCCCAAGGAACUUGGAAACUGCCCGAAAUUGGAAGUUCUUCUUAUGGGGGGAAACUAUUUUCAAGGACAUGUCCCCCCAUCGCUGAGCCUUUUGGUUUCCAUUCAAAUCCUAGACCUUUCACUCAACAAUUUGUCUGGAAUGCUUCCAAAAGACCUGCAAUCUCUUCGAGGUCUAAGGAGUUUAAAUCUGUCUUUCAACCAACUUGAAGGCGAGGUUCCAACCGGAGGAAUUUUUAGCAAUGUCAGCGGAGUUUUCAUCACUGGAAACAGGAAACUUUGUGGGGGAAUUCCGGCACUGAAGCUUCCUGCAUGCUCUAUGUUAGAGUCAAGGAGGCCUAACAGCACUCGUCCCUCUUUAGCUGUGAUAUUUGUUAUAAUCUUUAUUGGGGUUGUCGUCUUCUCUUCCUUAGUCAUUUUCAUUAUCAAUAGGAGAUCUCCAAAAGGGAAAUCAACCCCAUCACCUUACCAGGGGGUAAAUGAGCACUAUAGAAUCUCAUAUAAAGAACUUCACAAGGCAACAGAAGGAUUUGCUUCGCCUAACUUGAUCGGCAUGGGAAGUUUUGGUUCUGUUUACAAAGGAAUUCUUAAUGAAGAAGAACAUCCGAUAGCCGUGAAGGUACUGAACCUUCGGCAAUGUGGGGCUCCAGAGAGUUUUGUCGCUGAAUGUGAGGCCCUAAGAAGAAUCCGACACCGGAAUCUCCUAAAGAUCAUAACUUCCUGUUCAAGUGUGGACUUUGAGGGCAAUGAUUUUAUGGCUCUUGUAUUCGAGUUCAUGCCUAACGGGAGUCUAGAAAACUGGAUGCAUGUAAAUUUUCAACACCACACAAAAAGCCUGAACCUGGUCCAACGUCUAAACAUAGGAAUUGAUGUUGCUUCUGCACUGAACUAUCUCCACUACCAUUGUCAGCCUCCAAUUGUUCAUUGUGACUUAAAGCCAAGCAAUAUUCUUCUUGAUAGCGAUUUCUCUGCCCACUUGGCUGAUUUCGGAUUAGCCAAGCUCCUUUUUGAAGCUGAUGAGAAUUUCAGCAAAGCUCUAGUCAGUUCAGCUGCUGUAAGGGGAUCUAUUGGAUACAUUACUCCUGAGUAUGGAAUGGGAAGUGAUGUGUCCAUACAAGGGGAUGUAUACAGCUAUGGGAUCCUCGUGUUGGAGAUGGUUACAGGAAAAAGGCCAACCGAUGAAAUGUUCAAGGAUGGCCAGAACCUUCAUGGCCUCUGUAAAAUGGCUUACCCAGAAGCAGUACAAGAGAUUGUGGAUCCAUAUUUGCUUAAUACAGAACUUUAUGAAGACACGGACAUAGCUAAGGUCAGCAGCAAACUGAUGGACUGCUUGGUUUCAAUUGUUCAAGUUGGACUUGCAUGUUCUGCAGAAUCUCCCACUGACCGAAUGGACAUCAAAGAUGCCCUCGUCAAAAUGCAACGCACUAAGAAGGCAUUUAUUGGGAACAUAAUUGGGGAGAGAUGAAAUCUGUAGCUGCUGGAUGGUGAAGGAAUAAAUACCUUUACCAUACUUAAGAGGGUAUCUUAAAAUUUAUAACUGUUGAAAAGCAGAACAAUUUAAUUUUUAACAGUAUAGUGGACUUUCUAAUAAUAAUCUUAAAUGUAAUUCAACAAUAGAAUAUAAUAUGUGUUACUUUCUCUACUUGAACUGUCAGAAGCUAAAUCAAGGAAAGAAAAAAAUGUCAGAAACUAAUAGUACUUUACAAGAUGCUAUGAACACAGGUAAGUAAACCCUUUUACUUUGUAGUUCCAAAAUUCCCUACCUUUGCCACAAAAUCUUCCCAACGUUAAGUUAUGCCAAACAAGAUAUGCUGAAAGUAGACCUAACUUAUAAAUGUAAACUCAUUUUUAAGGUUUCUUUUCUUUUCUCUCCAUGAAAGGUCGACUCUUGAAGAUUGAAGCUGAGCGCUGGCAACCAUAGAGACACUCCAAUCAAUGGAAUCCAAUGUUUUUCCACUAAAGCUAGUGAAAACAAAUAGAAAUAAAACAACGUGCAAACGACAAAGAAAAAUCUUCCUAUUUGGAAGACCUAAAUCAUACCGAUCCUUGAACAGCAGAUCAGACUCCAAAUGCAGAUCAGGAAUCGAAGUUUGAUCCAAAAACCAAACUCACCCACACUCUCUCAGUGAACACUAUAAGACCCACUCAUCCUUAAGAACUCCCAAGUCUAUCAAUCAAAUAUUCCUACAAAUUUAGCAAAUAUUCCUACAAAUUUAGCAACUCUAAAUACCUUCCCAUGCAAAAUUCAGCUAAUUAAGCAUAGAAAAGCGCUUUUUUUUUUUUUUUUUUUUUUCCCCUUUUUAUUCAGAAUUGCAAUUUCACAGAGUAAAUACUUCAAUCCUCAAUAAGCAAGCUGAGUUAUAUUAGUCAUGUAGAUGAUAGCGUCACUGUAAGCAAGAAACUAUAGGAAAAUGCAUAUAUAUAUAUAUAUAAAUAUAUAGAUAUAUACAUAUAUAUUAAUUCAAUUACCAAACAGGGUAUUGUUAUAGAGACCAAAAAUCAAAAUAACAAAGAGAAAUCAUCACAACAUGCAAAAGGCAGAAAUUUGACUCAAUUGAGAUCUGAUCAUUACAAAACAAUGAGUAUUCACACAAAGACCGAAAGUAAAUACCGAAUUUCAUUGAUAUACAAAGAUAAACACACAGAAUACACUAUGCACUUAAUAAAAAAGAAUUAAAAAAAAAAAAAAGAAUAA